AUGUCAACACCACCACUCUUCAAGACAUUACGUCAAUUACAUAUAUGCAUAAGUUACAAUCAUUCUCCUAAACCAACGGCUAAUCUAUCGAUUCCAAUGUUUAAUUUACAUACAUUUACUCUUGUUCAAACAUUUUUCUCGAUGUAUACCAUUGAAUGGACACUAUUUGAAACGCUAACAUCUUCAAAAAUUAUGCCUAUUCUUCGACGUGCUAAUGUGUCUCUAUUUAUUGAUAUUAAUGAUUUAAAUCGUAUUAGUUCAUCUGCACUUUUCACUGAUCAUCGUCAUGUCAACGUUAAUUUCGCUUUUAAUCUUUUCAAUUGUCCCAAAUACAUCGAAAUGACACAAUAUAUACCACGUGGUAAUCGUUUUCAUCCACGAGAAAUUGUAGGUUUGACAUUCGUUGUUAAUCAUUGGUCUAAUAGAUCCGAAUGGCUCACUGAUAGCGAUCCUUUUGCAAGUGAUUUUCAAUUAUAUUUUCUUUAG